AUGACGACGCGGGAGACGCUGGCCGAGCUUUCCUACGGCUGGCGGCUUCGGUGGGCGCGGCUUUCGCGGGGACCCGGCACUAUUAGGGGCGGUGCCAUUCAGGCCACACCUCCCGCGCCGACUCCGAGAGGCUCCGGAGCGAAGUGUGUUUCAGGCUGCAUGUACCAAGUAGUUCAGACGAUUGGCUCGGAUGGAAAAAAUCUUCUGCAAUUACUUCCAAUUCCUAAUUUCUCUGGAAAUCUUAUACCACUAGUUCAAUCUUCAGUUAUGUCUGAUGCUUUGAAAGGGAAUACAGGAAGCCCAGUUCAAGUUACUUUUCAGACUCAGAUUUCCAGCUCUUCCACAAGUUCAUCAACAGCUCAAUUGCCCAUUUUUCAGCCAGCCAGUUCUUCAAACUAUUUACUUACAAGAACAGUAGAUACAGCAGAAAAAGUUAGAGUUACUACUGUGGGAACUGAAACUUUUACCUCAUCAGUUUCUAAAGUUCAGAGUCAUGGUGUGAAAAUUGAUGGACUCACCAUGCAAACAUUGGCUGUUACUUCCUCCUCAACACAAAACGAUUCAUCUUACAUUUUAGUAAAUACUCAGAGCCUUCCAAUGACUGUGAAACCUCCAGUUUUGCCUUCUGGGCAUCAUUUACAGAUUCCAGCCCAUGCUGAAGUGAAAUCUGUACCAGCGACAUCAUUACCUCCUUCAAUUCAGCAAAAGAUACUUGCAACUGCAACCACAAGCUCCUCAGGAACAGUUGAGGCCUCCCAAAUACCUUCUGUUAUUUACGUAUCUCCUGUAAAAACAGUGAAAAAUGUAGCUACCAAGAACUUUCAACACAUUUAUCCAAAACCUGUUACAGAAAUAGCCAAGCCAGUGAUACUAAAUGCCACACAAAUUCCAAUGAAUGUUGCAAAAGAGACACAAUUAAAAGGUGGUCAGCAUUCUCAAGCUGCUCCAGUGAAAUGGAUUUUUCAAGAAAAUCGACAGCCUUGUACUCCAUCUCUUGUUCCUGUUAAGUCUUCAAAUAAUGUGGCUUCGCAGAUUUUAAAAAGUUUUGUAGAAAAGAAAAGUGUGGGAGGUAAUACUAUAAAGAUGCCACCAUUGAGUACCAGCAGUCCUAGUGGGGCACAAUCCAAAAGUAUGCCUAUUAAAGAUAAUGCGUUGGUUAUGUGUAAUGGGAAAAUCUAUCUGUUGGCUAAAAAGGGGACAGAUGUUUUGUCAUCACAGAUUGAUCAACAGAAUUCUGUUUCUCCUGAUAUUCCACCAAGAAAAGAUAUAUCACAGAUAGUGAGCUCAAGUCCAGUAACAGAACUAUCCAGAGAGGUUGUAAACUUUGUUUUGGCUAAAAAUAAAUCUUCCCAGAUGGAGACAAAAUCAUUUUCAAACACCCAGCUUGCUUCCAUGGCCAAUCUAAGGGCAGAGAAGAAUAAAAAAGUGGAGACACCAUCUCUUUCUAUCCUACACCCAAAUAAUCUGAACCCACCCAUUAACUACUUAAAACAGAGUAAGACUUUAUUCCUAAAGGCAGACUUUCCACAUGGAUUUAGUACAGGACAAAAUGCCCCCCCAAAAGAAAAUAUCAUCCAAAGCAUAGAGAAAAUAAGUUCCUCUGUUGAUGCAACAAGUAUUACUUCACAACAGUGUGUUUUCAGAGACCAAGAACCAAAGAUCCAGAAUGAGAUGGCAUCAACAUUACAAAAAGAUGCUCAAGAAAGAAAUGACAAGAAAAAUUCUCAAGGAACCAGCAGUAAGGCAUAUCUGAAGACAGAUGCUGAAUUUAAAAAGCUGUUUGGUCUCACUAAAGAUUUGAGAAUAAGACUUACUCGGAUUCCUGACCAUUUGGGUGCUGGAGAUUUUGAUUCCUUUAGGAGUUUGGUGAAGAGUGACAAAGAGACAAAGUUUACAGUGAAGGAGGAAGAGAGAAAACAGGGUUUUGAUAAGAAAAGAAAAGCAAAAACCGUGAAGAAGAUGGAUCACGCAAAGAAGAGAAAAACCGAGAGUGCUUAUAACACAGCUUUAAAUGGAGGAAUUAGCUGUAUUUUACCAACUUCAGAUGUAUCACACCAUAACAUUGUCACAAGCUGCAAUAAAACCAGAGAAGAAAGAACUGAGGUAGAACACUGUACUCGUGAAAACCAGGAGAAAGUCGCUUUGAGUUCAAGUGCAGAUUUUGGACAAAGUCAUACCUUUACUAGAAAUUAUACUGAAGAUAUUUUUCCCAUGACACCACCAGAGUUAGAAGAAACCAUUCGAGAUGAAAAAAUUAGAAGACUUAAACAGAUGCUGAGAGAGAAAGAAGCAGCCCUUGAAGAAAUGCGUAAGAAGAUGCACCAAAAAUAAUAAAAUGUUGCCAUACUUAAAGACUUCAAUGAAUUAGCUCUGUUUUUACCAGAUGUUUUUGCAUUAAGUUAACUAUAGAUACAUUCUGAAAGUGUCAUUGAAUAUGAAGUUUGGUUUUUCAUCAGUUGAUUAUAAAAUUUUGUUUAAGGAAUACAGAAAAGGUUGAUUCACAUAUAACUUCAAUAAUGUACAUGGGCUAUCUAAAUCUUUGUUUAUCCUUUCUUUUUGAAGGAAAAUUUGCCUAAUGUUUUUGUUUUGUUAUUUUUAACUAGAAUUCCCCAAGUUUGAAUAUUUGUGCAGGAUUUUUAUUAUUGUUUGUAUCCGUAGCUAAAUUGCUAAGGUAUACUAUUGAAAUUAUAAAAUCCAAGAGAGAAAAUCAGUUCCAAAACUUAUUUAGUUUUGCCACUGGGCUUGUAUAUGUACUCACUUAGUUUCUUUACCCAUGAAAUGAUGAUACCUUCUGCUUACCACUGUAAAUUUAUUUAAUAUCAUGAAAAAAAAUAUAGCAGCAUUAUUUAAAAAUUCAAACAUUUUUUUUAAGACUGAGGGAUACCUGUUUUGUAACUUUUACAAAAUAGUUUCAUAUAAUCCAAACUGAGUUUUAGAAUUCAGGCUAUAUAAUGUAUUGUUUGCUUAACAUGAUAUGUUAUUAUUUCUAGGCAAAUGCUGCUUUUUUGAAAUAUGUAACUUGGACUGUGUGAAAAGUAAAUGUGAACAAUGACCACAUUUAAUACUUUUAAAAAAUGUAAAAUGUGGUUUUUCUUAAAAGAGUCAAAACAGUUUUC